GCAUUACACCUUUACCAUGGAUACAUCGCUCUGUCUACGACUCCUACUUCUACUGACAAUCAGUGAAGUUCUAAUAGUAAUUAAAUGCACCCAAGAUGUUCAAGUAGAGGUGACCAAUUGUGGCGUUGGAUUCGAGUUGAUUCAGCACCGUUUCGAUACCCUUCAGUACAAAUUUUUGGAGCUUUCAGUUAAUGUCAUGGAAUUUUCAGAAGCUGUUCAAAACAAACAACGUUCAAUUGAAGAACAAAUUUUCCGUUUGGAAACCAGUGUCGCUGUAAAUAUGGCGCUCGUGACUAAUUACUCCAGACAAGUUCUGGACCUUCAAACAAUUUGCUCCAACCAUGAUCGUAUCCGAAAUGAGCUGAGAAAGUUGCAACCGAAAAAAAGUGCCCUGGAAAAGCUAGAUUCUCCAAAUUCAUGCACUGAAGGAAGUCACUCUGGAGAGAUUUCCCUAGAUAUUCUCAACAUUUCAAAUCCGGUGGAUGUGUUCUGUGACAUGAAAACGUUCGGGGGUAGAUGGCUCGUUGUUCAGCAAAGAGUUGACAACACUGUUAGCUUCAACCGUAACUGGACCGAAUACCGUGAUGGAUUUGGCCAACCAACGAGCAAUUUUUGGAUCGGAUUGAAGAAGCUUCACCAACUGACCACACACGAUUCGUACGAGCUUUUUGUAGAGUUACAAUUUGCCAAUGGCAGCUUGGGAAUUGCUCACUACUCUGAGUUUCGAGUUGGUAGUGAAGAUGAAAAUUAUGCACUUAAUAAGCUAGGAAGAUUUUCCGGAACUGCUGUAGAUGCCAUGAGGCAACAUGAAAGAUGCAGUUUUUCAACUUACGAUAACUACAAUGUGGUAGGUGGAAAAAACUGGGCUCAGGCCGAUCAAGGCGGUUGGUGGUAUUAUGGCAGUUACACAAGUCAAUUGAAUUCUGGAAUUGGGACCUCAUACGGAAUCUAUUGGAAUGAGUCACACUUGAAAUUUGCCAGCUUGAAGAUUCGCAAGAAAUUAUAAAGUCUUCUUCAUCCCAGUGUUAAAUAAAACAAAUAAACUUUAUCAAACCCA